AUGUCCUUGUGGCGUGUCAGGCUGUUGGUGGCUGGUCUUGCUGCUGCACUCGGCGACCUCCCAGCUUGGGAAUGCGUGACGAAACGCCCAUGCUCCAUUCAGUUUAGCGGCGACAACGUCACGGCCGAAGAUCUGAUCUUGGUGAGCACUUCGGAGACCUGUGACACCUGCUUUCGAACCGAUGCCGGUGUAUGCCCAUGGCUCGAUGGAGACAGUGGUGUUGAAGACCUCACCAUCUGUCAAGUCGGCAACACUACAACGUGGCGAUGCCAGGGGGUUGGAAAGGGAGAUCGCGUGCUCUGCCCUCCUGACUACCAGAUGUGCGCGCAGAUGGCCUGUGGAGGAGGGCUCGACUUCUGCUGUGAUGAAAUUACUGAGUCAAGAGGCCUCGUCCCGUGCCAAGACAGGGGUGGCCCGCGUCUUUGUCGAUAUAUGUCGCUGCAGAACCUGAGAGCUACCGUCAACGAGACGCAUGGCUUUGUGGAACCAGGCGCCCACGCCGUUUGUCGUUGCAGUCCGGCCGACUUUGCUGCCGGAGCCGCGGGUCAAAGGCUUGGAACUUUGCAUGUCGUGGGCCCCGGUGCUCAGCACAAGCAGAGCUGCCUGUCAGGGGCGAGCCGAUGCUUUGCGGAAGCCACGAACGCAUUCGGCCUCUCCAUGGUGACGUCGCUGUUCCAGGUGACGCCCGCCGCCACGUGCGCCGAUGUGGCAGAUACGCCGCAGUCCUUCGCUGAGAAGUUCCGGUUUCAGUGGAAUCCCGACUGGUCCGGGGCGUACUUGGACGUCUCCCUUCCGGGACGGAAGUGGUUGGCUGAGCAAUAUCCUGGUAUAUACAACCUCUGCUGGUGUCAGAAUGAUACGGAAGGUGCCUGUGAGUCUUUGUCCGACUUCAAUGUGUCUGCCGGACAGUUCACUUGGAGCGGGCCCUUUAAGAAGGAAGUGCCGCUUCUCGCUACCAUCGGUGACGUCUUCGAGCUCGAGUUGUCAGGAGUGGGGAUCAGAUCCAACAGUGUCCUAAGCAUCCAAAAAGAUUGCGGAGGCAGUGAAGGACCAUGGGUGUGGGUAGACGCAGUUCAGUCUUCUACGAAGUUCCUCUACAAUUUCGGCCGAGUCGCUGAGGACAGAUUGCCACCUGGCACGUACAGCGCAUGCUGGUGCGAGCCGACUCCCAAUUCGGCUUGUUCGCUGGCGGCGGAUCAGGUGACCCAAGUUGCAGAGGUCUAUGUUCGCUGUCCGCUUGGACAGUUCAGCCCCGGUGGAACGGGAGCCUGCCAACAGUGCGACUUUGUUUGGGAAGAGCCCAACCAAGCCCGAAACGACUGCAGCACCCGGGCCGCGAACGCUGGCCAGAUCGUUGGUCUGUGCCUCUGCUACCUCCUUGGCUGGGUCCUCUUGUGGUAUCAGAUGGCCUACUUCGUCGAGCCGGGGUGCAGACGUCUGAGCAUCUCCGGGCGGAAGGUGCACAUUGCAGACAUCUCCUCCAAGCCCUCAGAGAACGGAGACUGGACGGCCUUCAUCACCACCGUCCAGCCGCAUCACUUCACGGCCCGCUUCGGCACGUUUCCCAUCUACUUCUACCAGACAGGCCACUACCAGCUCGACCGCAAGCCGACUCCCGGUAAAUUCCUCUACCGGGCGAGGUCCGUCGGACCAAAUCGCCUCCAGCUCCUCGAUGAACAAGGCAACUCGGUGGCCAGUGCCGACACCUCCCGGGGUUACUUUGUGCUGCGAUACGCUCGUUGCGUCGUACACACUGAUUUACUCCGCGGCAUUCCUGUGCUCCUCGUGGCCUCCGUCCUUCUGCUGGUUUCAGCCCCCCUGCUGGUUCUUGCCAACCUGCAGAGCGAGCCAACAUUCCGAACUUGGGGUGGGACUGGAGUGGCGCUCUCGGGUUGCGUUUUUGGCUGCGUUGUGGCUUGGCUUUUGAGGUACGUGAGAGAGAAACCGUCGCCCAUACAUCAGUCCAUCCAGGUCUUCCUAAGGGACCUCCAGCGUCGGAACCCGAACCCGGUGGCAUGCAAGAAGGGUCCUGAUCGUGCGCUCACGGCUUACCAGAUCUUCGACUUGAUGCAGCAGUUUCAGCAGUACAUACGGGAUCGGAACUUGUAUUACAUCGACUCCAACAUUGUCCAGCCUUUGACCUCUCAUGUGAAGUUGUCUCUUGCCGAGCUGCUGGGCCCCUCCUCAGUCGCCUGGUUCGUGUCUCACUACUGGGGCACCAAGUUCGCUUACACGUGUGAUGCUUUGAGACGUCAUGCCGAGCACGUCACUUCAGGACAGAAGGGGACCUCCUGGCAAACAAUCUCGUACUGGAUCUGUGCUUUCAGCAACAACCAGUACCAAAUCGCGCAUGAGCUCGGCACCAGUCACAAGGAAUCCUCGUUUUACCUGGCCUUGCACAGCCCCGUUGUUCAGGGGACCUGUAUGAUCUUGGAUGAGAAGGCCUUGCCGUUGACGAGGUCCUGGUGUUUGUUUGAGCUGCUCCAGACCGUGCUCCUGGAGAAAGAGCGUGAGGACUUCAAGGGCCUCCAGUUCUGCACAAACACCGGCAUUGUGAACUUUGGGCAGGCUACGACUGAGGUGGCGAUCACCAUCGGGAAGCGGCUUGCCGGCCUGUCCCUAUCAGAAGCCGAGGCGACAUGCGUGGAGGACCAAGAGACCAUCAAGUCUCUUGUCGUUGAGGAGAUGGGCAGCUUCGACGAGAUGGACAAGAUUCUCGACAUGAAGAUUAAGGACGCCCUGGUGAUUUGCAAGAAAUGCACCAACGAGGAGUUCAAUCGCCUCUUUGAGCUCAUUGAUAACAUGCAUGCUGAGUGCUCUAAUGACUCCACCGCUGAAGCUGAAAAGAUAAUGAGCUUAUGA